UUUGUGUUUUUUUGUAAACACAAGAAGCCAGAGUACAAGCAAAUACAAACAUCACCUCGUUGUGACGGUUGAACUCUAUGUCAGCAGUUGUUUUGCCAGCCACCGCGUAGCUCAGCACUGGACGUCUCCAUCACGAGAGCGGCGUUUCUCCUCUCGCCGACUUCCGUCACGCUGCUCUCGGAAUGACUACAGACUAUCGGCUAACUAGCUAAGCUAACGUGAGGCCAAAUCGUUCAGACGUUAGCCAGUUAGCUUAGCUCCUGCUGACGCUUGCUCGGUGUCGUUCACCCUCAGUACGAAGUGGUCACGCUCAUGGUGGUCUCAGUUCAAUGGGGAACUGUCUGUUUUCACAAGGUGCGGAUGACCUGUCGCUGCUGAACGAGUCCGAGGGCGGCAGCCUGCCCGGAGAGCCUCCGCCGCCUUACCAGCCUUUUCAGGAGCGCACCCAGCCGCUGCCGGUGUACCAUCCCACUCCAGGUGAGAGUCGUCUGGCGUGCCAGCUGACCGAGGAGGAGCAGGUCCGCAUUGCCCAGCGAAUCGGUCUUAUCCAGCACCUGCCCAGAGGUAUCUUCGACCCAGGCUCCGACCCCUCUGACAAGAAAGUGAAAGAGUGUGUGAUCUGCAUGAUGGAUUUUGAGUACAGCGAUCCCAUUCGGUUCUUGCCCUGCCUUCACAUCUACCACGUGGAUUGCAUCGACCCCUGGCUGAUGCGCUCCUUCACCUGCCCCUCCUGCAUGGAGCCGGUAGAUGCAGCCCUGCUGUCCUCUUACGAAACCAACUGAGCAGCCUCAUGGUGGCUGCUCCUGCCUAAAAGUUAACUGCACCUUUUUAGCUAAAACUGUCCUUGCUGUUCAAACAAGUAGCCAUGGUGAUAUGGCGUUAUGCAGAUGUUUGGAGGGUGUUUUAGGAUGCACACAGAUGUUAAACUGUGCCCUACAGUACAUUGCUUAGGUCUGGUAUGCACCUAUUUGGGCUUUGGAAAUCUUUGCCUUUUACAGUAGAACAACGUGCCAAAUCAAGCUAGAUGGAAAGCUGUACACGUAGCAUAAUAUUACUGCAAUGUGUUUUCACUUGUGUAUGACUGACAGUCUAUUUUAAUUUGUGAUUUUUAUGGUAAUUAGAUGCAUGUCACCAAUAUAAUUUCCUUCCCCUUUCAAUACGUAAUGUGCAAUAUGGUAUAUCUAUGGAGAAAAUGCAGGAAAUUUGUCUUGGCAUCAUUGUUUGUCAGAAAAUCCAGUGAAAACAUGAAGUGAAGUUGCUGUGUUUUUUCAAGUGAACUCAUGGCCUUGACUGGCACAAAAGCACAGGCCUCUCUACUUAUAUGCAAUCAUCAGAACAUAGAAAAAUAGGUUUCCUGAGCAAAGAUAUGCUAUGAGGUCCCCUGAGAUAAUAUGGUGUCAUUUCAGCUUUUGAAGAUAUUUGAAAAUUGAAUAUUUUUUUGACUAGGGUCUUGUUGUUUGUACUGUAGUGCUUUUUCCUUUGAAGCUGCUUUUAUAAUGUGGAUCUGUUUGUUGCCUUCCACAGUAUGGAACCUCUUCUUUGCUUUGCCUUUAGUUUGUGCUCUCUGUUUUGUUUUAAAAAACAGUCCUCAGUGUGCCCUUUUCAUUGUUUACCGUUGGUGACAUUUACAAAGACAGGAUUUGCUCUGCAGUCCCCCUUAAAGCACCUUGGGCUACCCCUCAUGUGUCACUCUGUAGCUUGUAGAUUUUGUAGAUGAUUGUGAGUUUUGAUAUGUGUGGGAUUUUUGAGGGGGUGGUGGGUAGAGAUUGGCAUGUCGUGGUAACAUUGUGAGUUAACCCUGUCAGUUGUAAGCCUUGUUGUAGUUACCUCUCUCUUUCUCAUCUGAAGCUGUUGGCUUUUGUUUUGGGUUGAUGGCCUUCUCACAGCAAGGGUUGCAUUUGCAGAGCGCCCGGGUCGGGUCACACAAAUGCUUUUACCUUUUGGUGUUAGACGUGUGCUUUGUGACACUGACCGCAUGAUGAAAGAGAAGCUACUAUUAGAAAGGAAUGUAUUUUGAAUGUAAAGCAUUAUUCCAGCUUUAUUUAGACAGUAUAGGUGACAAUAAGAGGACAUUUCUGAUUUACUCAGGCUGCUGUGCCUUUUAAGGUUGAGGUAAGCCAAUUCCUGUGAAGUACAAUCAUUUCUGACUAGACUUUUGGUGUUCUUUUAGUUGUCCUGUAGGGGGAGACAGAUACCAGCACUGCACUGAUUUGUGUCACCAUGAAGUAGGCCUAGGAAGAAGCCAGAAAUGUGCUCUGGCUACUGUUAACAAUCAUUUUGUGUUUUAAUUUAUAAUGUGUGCCGCUGGCGCAUGUUUUAGGAAAAUUAUGAAACCACAAUAAAAGUGGAUACCAAAUUUU